CGAACGCCUUCCAACAUCAGGCAGCUACAAGGCAGCCAUAUAAAUGGCUGCCUACUCCAGCCUGGCUGUAAAUGAAGCUCGGUAAUGGACGAAACGAGCGGAAUGCAUGUAUCUGUGGCAGCUGUUGUGGAAACUUUUGGGAAAGCAUUUCACAUUGCAUGGACGUAUAAGAUCUUGUAGUCCUAUGGAAUGUAGCAUUGCAAUUCAUCAGUGGAAACCAGCAUUCAGUGUCUUAAACCUCUCCACAUUCAUCGUAAAACAGUAUCAAACAUGGAACUCAAAAACAUUGCAAUCCUUGGCCCAGGAGGAAACGUCGGAACCGCCAUCAUCACCGAACUCCUCAAAGACGGUCCCCGCUUCACCAUCACAGGUAUCACGCAGCCAACAUCAUCCUACACGCCACCUCCUACCAUCACCCACCGCACUGUCGACUACACGUCCUUCGCCUCUCUCCAAGCCGCAUUCCAGGAUCAAGACGCAGUAGUAAACUGCAUCACAGGCGGAGCCACGCAUUACGAACCAUCUAAACUCAUCAUAGACGCAGCCGUCGCCGCAGGCGUCAAGUUCUUCUUCGCCAACGAAUUCGUUGGAGAAAUCACGCGGGAGGCGUUCAGGAGAUUACCGGAAGCUUUCGUUGGCGGAAAAUGUAGGAUCAGGGAGUAUCUUGAGGGUUUGGCGAGGGAGGGGAAGAUGGCGUGGACAAGUUUGAAUGGAGGGCCGUUCUUCGAUAUGUGGUUGAUGAAAGGUCCUGCAGGCUUCGAUAUACCCAACCGCCACGCCCGCAUCUACGGCUCCGGAAACCACCCUUUACACUGGACACCCCUACCCAUUAUGGGCCUCGCAGCAGGAAACAUGCUCCGCAACCCCCAGCUCGUUCUCAACCGGCCCAUCCUCCUCGAUCCCAUUUCCCCUUGUUCUACUGUCACACAAAACACGCUCUUGCACACCCUCGAAAAGCUUCUUGACACAACCUUCACUAUCUCGCAUGUUGAUGUGAAUAAGGUCCACCGAAACGCUUUGAUCGUGUUGGAGGAGUGGAAGGCAGGUGGUGAGCAGGAGGAAGGGAAAGCGCAGAUGGGUAAGGCGAUGAAGGGGUUGGGGUUGUGUAAUCAGUUCUAUGAGGGCGAUGAUGAGGACCAUGCGGAGGACUUGAAUAGGAAUGUUCAGAACGAGCUCGUUGGUGUGAAGACCAUGGAGUUGGAGGAUGCGGUGAGGGACGCGCUGGAGCGGUUUGGGAAGGACUGUCAGGUUGUUCAGGGUAUGUAUAAUGUGGAAGCUUGUGAGCUCUGAAUCGCCCAUCGCUACCAAUUUGUUGUGCAAGUUCGUGGUAUCACUACCAGUCUUGAAUAUGCGGUUACACAACAUCACCAUGGCAUUGACCAUUUUGUCUACCCUGCUGUGAUGCAUGUCAUAACAUGAAGGGUGAC